UCGGGCAUCGGAAGGGUUUGAAUUGGCUGCCGUUACUCACAUCACAUCUUGCCAUGGAGGAGAAGACGGAUAAAGAGAUUCCCCACGACACUGCACUCAUCGAGUCCUUGUCGCUGCGAAAGGGACAUGUCCGCCAUCGCAGGUUGUCCUGGUACCAUGCUCCCUCCUUCCUGCUCCUCUGGCUGGCGCUUUUCUACGCCAUCGUGAUCCCGCUCUACUACAGACUCCCGGACAGGGUGACCGUCGCCCGGGAAUCCCUCAGUCCUGGAGAAUUCGUGGCGGAGCGGGCACAGAGACAGCUGUACACGUACGACCGCAUUGGACCCAAAGUAACCGGAAGUUAUGCGAAUGAGGUGACCACGGUGGCGUUUCUCGUAAAUGAAACGGAGAAGAUCCGUGCCGAGAUGCGCAGUGAUCUGUACGAACUCGAAGUGGACGUCCAGUCACCAACGGGUGGAUACGUGUUCAACGAUAUGGUUAACAUGUACCAAGGUAUUCACAAUGUGAUCGUCAAACUGAGUGCAAAGAGUUCGCAGAGCGAAUCCUACCUGUUGCUCAACAGCCAUUUCGACUCCAAGCCGGGCAGUCCAGGUUCCGGUGAUGAUGGCACCAUGGUUGCGGUCAUGCUGGAGGUCCUUCGCCAAAUGGCCAUAUCAUCGACGUCCUUCGAACAUCCCAUUGUCUUUCUGUUUAAUGGAGCCGAGGAGAAUCCGCUUCAGGGAUCCCAUGGUUUUAUUACGCAACACAAAUGGGCAGCGAACUGCAAGGCCUUUAUCAACCUUGAAGUGGGCGGAAGCGGGGGACGUGACUUGUUGUUCCAGAGUGGUCCCAACAGUCCUUGGCUCAUGAAAUAUUAUAGGCAGCACGCAAAGCACCCGUUUGCCAAUGCAAUGGCCGAGGAGAUCUUUCAAAGUGGGGUCUUGCCCUCUGACUCAGACUUUCGAAUUUUCCGGGAUUUCGGGAAUAUACCUGGGCUGGACAUUGCCCAGAUCGAGAACGGUUAUGUGUAUCACACAGUCUUUGAUAUCUUCGAAGCGGUUCCUGGACGAUCCAUACAGAACACUGGAAACAAUGUCCUUGCCCUGGUGCGUGCCUUCAGCAAUGCCAGUGAGUUGUACGAAGUAGAGGGUGACGAUGGCCACGCUGUCUUCUUCGACUUCCUGGGACUUUUCUUUGUGUACUACACCGAGACAACUGGGAUUGUUCUCAACUGCCUGAUUGGAGUGAUAAGUCUGGUCUUGGUUGGCUGUUCCCUCUGGAGAAUGUCUCGCCAGUCGGAGGAGGCGUCGCUUCCUCAGAUAUCGAUAUGGUUCCUCAGUAUCUUGGGAUUGCAUGUGGUGGGAUUUCUGCUGAGCAUAGGCCUGCCUCUCUUGAUGGCUGUCAUCUUCGAUGCCGGAGACAGGUCGUUGACCUACUUCACCAGCACCUGGCUGUUGUUUGGCCUCUACGUGUGUCCCGCAAUCAUCGGCCUCGUUCUCCCUUUAACCCUGUACUACACUUUAAAGCCCAAUGACAAACUAAGCCACCCGUACCACCUGCAGUUAAGUCUGCACGCUCACUUGGUUGUCCAGGCCCUGCUGGUCCUUAUUUUGACCGCCAUGGGUCUGCGUUCUCAGUACCUCUGCCUAAUUUCCAUGAUCUUCUAUGGGGGUGCACUUCUGAUUAAUCUAGUGAGCACGCUGCAUGACCGUGGCUACUAUUGGGCUUUGAUUGUGAUGUGUCUGCAAGUGUUGCCGUUCUCUUACUUCUGCUAUGUUUUCUACAUGUUCCUUGUGAUAUUUGUUCCGGUCUUGGGAAGGAAUGGUGCCAAUAUCAAUCCUGACCUUAUCAUAGGUCUGCUGUGUGGUAUUUGCGUCUUCUUUGCUCUGGGUUAUGCGGCACAAUUAAUCAACAUGUUCCGCUGGCCAAAGCUCAUUCUUCUGGGCUUGGGAGUAGUCACCUUUAUCUUCUGCAUGAUUGCCGUCUCGGAGGUGGGCUUUCCCUAUCGCCCCAAGACCAAUGUGAUGCGGGCCAACUGCCUGCACACUCGUCGAAUCAUCUACGAGUACGAUGGCUCCGUGAGUCUCAGUGACUCCGGCUACUACUUCAACUAUCAGGACAGGCGAUCCUUUGAUCCCCUCCAGGACUCUGAUCUCGACCUGACCGGUCUAGAGCCCGUUGCCAAUAAGUGCGACGACUACGUGAUGUGCGGCAUUCCCUGCUUCUACUACAGUUGGUGCAAGUGGCGCCAGUGGGAUGGAUGGUUGCCUCGUGAGUCGGAGGUUAUCAUUCCCGGCGAUCUUACCCUCGAGUAUCUGGGCAAGACGGUAUUGGAGUCUGGCACAACCGCAAGAUUUCAGUUCGAGCUAUCCGGACCGCCCCACAUGAAUGUGUUUAUUCAGCCAGUGGGUUCGGCAAAGGUGGAGGACUGGUCGUUUGUGAGAAAAAUGCUGGACGAACCCGAGGAGUUCCAGCCGCCCUACCAGAUCUUCCAUUCCUAUGGAACAGAUAAUUCCUCUUUGAAAUUCUUCAUUGAUAUGGCAAAGCCAGAUGGCAAUUUUGAUGAACCCACUGUCGAAAUUGCAGCUGUGGGUCACUGGGUCAGUAACGAAUACAAUAGGGAUCAAGAGGCCAAGGAAUUUGUGGCCGCCUUUCCCAACUAUGUCCAUGUCAUGGAAUGGCCAUCUUUAUUUAAGCGAUAUUUAUUUUAGUAGUUUAUAGCUAGCUUUAGGUGUACUAUUAAGAUUCCAUCCAUUAUCUGCCCGAAGGGUUUCAUAAAUAAAACGUGAACUUAUGACUUCAGUGUUUUAGAUUUCAGAUAAGAAAAGUUUUGUUUAUAUCAAAGUUGGUAUAUAACAGCUUAAUAAAUACUUCCGGAUACACGUCUA